UCCAUGUUAUUGCAGUUUAGGAGCAUGCCCGAAUUACCCAACUGCUCCCUCACCCGUGUUCUUGGUGGCAGUGGCGGCCACAUAUAAAUAUAUCUACAGGCCUUUGCAUUUCAUAUUUCAGAGAUUCGAACCCAGUUGGAUUGCCAUUCAAUUGAAAAUGAUGAUUCGCUUGCUGCAAAUUAUGCUUAUCUUAAUUGCAGAGAAAAGCAUUCACAUUCUCUAGCAAAAGAUUCUAGUUUGAGAAAUGUAAUGGGCAUGUCAAUGUUUGAAUUCAAGAAGGUGCAGCAGGUUGCAGCAAAUAACAGAAUUGCAUCUCUUGUGGUACUAGUCACUGCUCUGUCUCUCAUCAUUUUCUGCUCUUAUCUGCCCUCCUCCGAUGAUCAUGAUGAUGAUGGACAGAACUCCAGAGUCAAUUUUGACUUGAGCUUGCCCCCUGCCUCCCACCAGCUGGAGAAUUUGAGUUCAAAUUGCUCUGAAUUAACAGGGGAGGGCAGAAAUAGUGACAGGAACAUUUCAGUGGAGGUUCAUGAUGGAAUUGAAUCAGGAUUCAAAAAUGGAAGCAAUUCCCAAGAGUUAGAGAAGGUGACAGAGCUUGUUAAUGCCACCCUAAAUUCAUCCCCACCAGUGAUACAGCUAAAGGAAGAAGCAGCUGCUCUGGAAAGUGAUGUUCCAAAGGAAGAAACAGGGGAUGGAUUGGCAGAUACAGAAACGAAAAGAGCACAAAUUGCAGAAUUUUCUCAAUGUGACUUGUAUUCGGGCAAAUGGGUAUAUGAUGAAUCGUACCCUCUUUAUCCUCCUGGAGAAUGCCCAUAUUUAAGCGGGUCUUUUAACUGUGAAGCCAAUGGGCGUCAGGACUCGGACUAUACAAAGUGGAGAUGGCAGCCUUCACACUGUGAUCUUCCCAGGUUGAAUGCCACGGACUUGCUGGAGAGAAUGAGAGGAAAGAGAGUGAUGUUCAUUGGAGAUUCCAUCAAUCGCAACCAGUGGGAAUCCAUGCUCUGCAUUCUCAGCACUGUGGUGCCUCCAAACAGAAAAUCCUUCGGCCGUCCGAAACAUGGCGGCGCCACUUCUUUUGUAGCUCAGGAUUAUAACUGUUCGUUUGAAUUUUUCUGGGCACCCUUUUUGAUCGAACAAGGCAUCAUCAACAGUGGCAAUAGCAGUAAGGAGAUACUGAAGCUGGAUGCCAUUGAAAAUCAUGGAGCUUAUUGGAGAGAUGUGGAUAUCCUGGUCUUCAAUUCAGCCCACUGGUGGACUCAUGGAAAUAAAGUGCAAUCGAGAGAUUUCUAUAUGGAGGGCAACUAUCUUCACCCCCAGUUGGAUCCAUUGAUUGCUUUCAAAAAAGGGUUGGCUACAUGGGCCAAUUGGAUAGAUCAAAACAUUGACCCAGCUAAAACCAAAGUGUUUUUCAGAGGAUUUUCUCCAAUGCAUUUCAGUUCAGGACAGUGGAAGAAGCCAAAGGGUCACAAGUGUAAUUUUGAAAGGGAGCCAAUUCUUGAGGAGUCAUAUGUAAACCCAUAUCCUGAAAGAAUGAAAAUGGUGGAUGAGGUGCUUGGAAAGAUGAAAUUUCCAGUAUCUCUGAUUAAUAUAACAAGGCUAUCAGAUUUUCGCAAAGAUGCACAUCCAUCUGUGUACACAAUGAGAGAAGGAAAGAAGUUGACAGCAGAGCAGCGAAAGGAAGUUGACAGGUUUGGUGAUUGCAGCCAUUGGUGUUUGCCAGGAGUGCCUGACAUUUGGAAUGAGUUGUUUUAUGGGAAGUUGCUCAUGCUCACCCAGAUCACCCCUUCUCAUUGAUUUUCACUUUGGGUUCCUUUGAUUGUAUACUUCUUCCAUUGUUGAUCAUGAUUCAGAGCUGAUGUGGUUUUCUUUUGGUUUGAAAUAUUUUUAUGUUUCAUUCUCACAAGUGUAAAGUGUUGUGCACAAUAACAUUGAAAUUCUUUUUUUCAUUCAAUAUGGAAACUGUGUAUUUUCCAUUGUU